GUGGCAGCUGUAAAGGACCCUGAUGCUGCUUUCUUCAAAAAGCUAGAUGGAUUUCAGCCUUGUGAAAUAAAUGAACUAAAAGCCGGGACCCAUUAUUUUGCAGUUUAUGGUGAUAAUUUUUUCAAAAGCGUAAGCUACACCAUAGAAGUUCUUUCUGCUGCAUCUUUUCCCGAAGAGAAGGAGAGUCUUAGAUCCGUGGAAGGUCAAAUUUUGUCAAAAAGAGUCGAACUUUCUAAAUUCGAAACGGAAUAUAGGGAGGUCCUAUCCCAAUUUACUGAGAUGACAAAUAGAUACGCACAAGAAAUGCAAGCUAUCGAUGAGCUUCUUAAACAGAGGAAUGAAAUACACGCAUGUUAUACGAUUGCUCCACAAAUAAAACGUAGCAGUAGCAGUCGAAGCAAGAACAAGGCCUCAUUCAAGGAAAGCGAAGACGGGCUUCUGGCAAGGGACAAGAAGCAAUCGAAGGACAGGUCGAAGAAGAAAAGAUGGUACAAUCUUCAUUUAAAGGUGGACAAACGGAAGCCUUGUGGUAUGGACUAAACUGCCCCCUUCGUGUAUUAUUACGUAUUCUCUUUGUUUUUUGUACAUUGAACAUCUCAUUCAAAUUCGAAUCUUUUUUUUUAUUGCAUUUGAAACCCCUCUGGUUUCUUACUUUGUAACAGUUGGUUGGUGUUUACCAAACAAGAGUGUGCAAUUAUGUAACAUUGUUAAUUUUUCCACAGUGAAAUUACCAGAACAA